AUGAGUGGGCGGGAAGAGCCACCGUGCCCUCUCUGCCCCUCCCCGCCGGUGCUACCGCCGCCGCCGCCGACUGGGGUGGCUACAGGUUGGGGUUGGAGCUGUCAGGGGGAGAAGCAAAGCCUGAGGCGGGGCAAGUUCGGAGCGCUGCCUGGGGCUGAGGCCCAGAGCGGGACAUGGCGGCGCUCUACGCCUGCACCAAAUGCCACCAGCGCUUCCCCUUUGAGGCGCUGUCUCAGGGGCAACAGCUGUGCAAGGAAUGUCGGAUUGCACAUCCUAUGGUUAAAUGUACCUACUGUAGGACUGAAUUCCAGCAGGAAAGUAAAACCAAUACAAUAUGCAAGAAAUGUGCUCAGAAUGUAAAGCUGUAUGGAACGCCCAAGCCUUGUCAGUAUUGCAACAUUAUUGCAGCAUUUAUUGGCAAUAAAUGUCAGCGCUGUACAAACUCAGAGAAGAAGUAUGGACCACCAUACUCUUGUGAACAAUGCAAACAACAGUGUGCCUUUGACAGGAAAGAUGACAGAAAGAAGGUGGAUGGGAAGUUGCUGUGUUGGCUUUGUACUUUAUCAUAUAAGAGGGUCCUACAAAAGACUAGAGAACAGCGGAAGCAUCUGAGUAGCUCAUCCCGAGCAGGCCACCAUGAGAAGGAGCAGUACAGCCGACUAAGUUCUGGGAGUCAUUUUAACAGCCAAAAAACACUGUCUACAUCUUCAAUUCAGAAUGAAAUUCCAAAGAAGAAAUCCAAGUUUGAUGCUAUCACAGCUAAUGGAGACAGCGUUCCUUCCUCUUACGAGCUGCUUUGUCCUAAUAUCCAGAGUGCCCCGUCCGUGUUGGUGCAGUGGGCUGCUUCCCAACAGAGUCUUGGUGCCAACCAUUAUCCUGUUCCUCCAGGCACUGGCAUCCUGAACAGCUUUUCACCAGACUUAGCUCUGGAUUCUCCGGGCACUGAUCAUUUUGUCAUCAUUGCCCAGCUGAAGGAAGAAGUGGCCACACUUAAGAAGAUGCUUCAUCAGAAGGAUCAGAUGAUCUUAGAGAAAGAGAAGAAGAUUACUGAAUUGAAGGCUGAUCUGCAGUAUCAGGAAUCUCAGAUGAGAGCCAAGAUGAAUCAGAUGGAAAAGACCCACAAAGAAGUCACUGAGCAAUUACAGGCCAAAAACCGAGAGCUGUUGAAGCAAGCAGCUGCUUUGUCGAAGGGUAAAAAGCCCGAGAAGUCGGGAGCAAUGACUUCUCCGUGAAAAAUAGCCCAGUAGCUUCUUGAGCAGCAGCAGUGUGGAGUCUUGGACUGGAGCUGGAGGCAUAGUGGCUGGGAACUGCAGGCUUCCUUGGGAGCCUCCUUUAGUGACAGUUGUCCCUCUUUAUCCUGUGACUAUGGGCAGGGUGAAAACACCUGGUGUGUUGCAUUGCAUUAGGACUUCAUGCUGGAAGGUGUCAGGGUUUAAUGGAGAUCUCUCUACUUUUUUUUUGUAUUGCUUUUCAUUUUUUAGAGUAGCAACUGCUCAUUGUUUUGUGCAGAAGGAAUUCUUUUCCCUACCCAUGCAUCCUGUAAUUCCCAUGAGCAAAUAGUUUGGCAUUGGGUAAAUAUUAUCACUGCCACCUUUUGAUCUCAGAAGCUGCCACCCCAAGGGGACUUGACAGUGGAGGUUUCCACUCUUCAUUAAAAUUGCUGCUUCAGGGGACACUUUUUUUUUUCCAAGUAUACUAUGAACUUUGUACUAUAUACAGACAGAGGUUUAUUUAUUUAACAAAAAAAAACCUUUUUCUUGAGAAGGUUAAACACUUAGACCAGCUAGUUCUCUUUAUGACAGGGCUGUGAUAACUAUUGGAAAAAACACCCCAAUUUCCAUUUAGGCUACAGAAAAGGAUGCCAGUUUCAUCUAGUUUGAUACCUAGUUGUUUCAUAAUGUCAAUGGUUAUGGUGCGUGAAAUAGUUGGAUUCAGAAGUGUGGCAUUAGGUGCUUUUUUUUUUUUUAUAAAGACCCCUUGAGGAAAGGGCAUCUGAGUAUACAUUUUAGGAGGGAACAGGGAUUUCCAAUUUCUGUCACUUUAGAUAAUGGCAGAAAGAUUUGUCCAGGUUGUACUGGACAGCUUUACUUUCCUAAUCAUUUUAUGUAAUUAAUUUUGAAUUCUUUUUCACACUGCCACUUAUUUGUUUUUUAAAUCCCUUUCCUUCCCAACACCAGUUGUCAGAUCAAGUCAGAUCAUUGCCAAGGAACAUUCUGAAUUGGAAAACUUGCUAAUUGUAGUGCAUGUCUUAAGAUGAGCUGAGUAUCUCAGGAUGGACAGGCUACUGGAGUAAGAAGGAAGGAUUGCAAGAAGUAUUGGUAUGUUUGCAUGGGUAUAGGUGUGGUUGUGUUUGUAUGUAUGUGUGACACCACCCCAAGUUUGGAUGGAAAUAGAACCAAAAGAUGUGUUUCUUGGAUAUGGGCCAUCCUUAGCCAUAAUUGUGUGUUGUCCAAGAAGAUAACUCACUGACUUUCUUUCAGUAGGUAAUGUACUUUUGGGUUAUUUGUUAAUAGUGAGGAUGGUUUUGAAGUUUCAUUUACAUACCCUUUUUUUUUUUAAACCCAUACCCAUCUGUCUUAGACUAAGUAUCAGUUCCAAGGGCAGAAGUGCAGUAAGGGGAAGAUAUUUUGGCAUUAAGUAAUUUCUUGUCCAGCUGGUAAGUGAGCCCAAAUUUGAGGCCAAGACUGUCCAUCUCCAGACCUGGCUCUCUAUCCAUUAGACAAAACUGCUUGGGAUUAGAGUUUGCAAUCUGUGGCCAUGAAACAUACUGACCUGUAGGUUACCCAUUUCCAUGGCUUUAUUACUCCACCAGGAUACAACCAUCAGGAUUAACCAUAUGCCUAAAUCAGAAUUUGAGGUAAAACCAAUGGGAGGAUUGAGGGGGGGCGGAGAGUGAGUGAGUUUGUGUGUUUGUUUUCAGAAGAGAUGAAUGAGUUUAAUCUACCAUAAUUAUAGGUAUGAGUUCAGCUUCCAUACAUUUCUUAGAAACAGUACUACCGUUAAGAAUAAAGUACACUGGUGGCUUAGUAUUUUAGCUAUUUACAGGUUUAAUGACAUCUCGGAAAUAUCACAGAGUAAUUCACAAAAUUAGAAAAAUUGAUCUGGAAAUGGAUCUCUUUGCCUUACAUAGAUGGGGUAUAGACUGUGUGUUGUCCAUGCAUUGUUGUCAUUUGAAAUGCCAGGUUCCCUUCCAAACAAGGGGACCAGAACUACCAGUUAGUUUUGUAUAUUUUUGGAUCAAAACCUUUUAAAUAAAGAAAAUCAUAAUACUUUUCAGGUAUAUUUGCUCCGAGUUUGAAGAAAAGGACAGUUACUUUUUUUAAACCUUAGAGAUUGAGAAAUUGUUCAUCAAGUGUGAUACUAUAAAAUUAUGAGCUUAGUUUUGUACUAAAUCUUUUUUGGAAAGUCUUGACAUUUAAUAUGAAACAAAUUCACACAUUUUCUAACUUUUCCUUAGAUUUCAAAAGUGAGGGAGGGGACCCCUGGAUUUGAAAUUUUGGUUUUUAAAAUCACAACACUGUUUUAUCAUGAAAUUAAAUAGGUGACUUUUAGUAACACCGUUGUUUCUUUGUAUGUUUGUAAUAAUGGAAAUUUUAAAAUGCAGGAAUGCUUUGGUUUGUACAGACUUCAACAGAUGUAAGUGUAAAAAAUUCAUUUUGACUGAAAUACAGUUGUUGUUUUUUUCUAUUCA